AUGGACGCAUCUGCUGUGUUCGUUCGCAUAUACGAAAAACUCCAGGAGGUAGUCCGUUCAGCCACUGCUAUCGAUGUCGCUACAGGGAUAGCUAUCCUUUGUGCUCUGCGCAUAACCUUCCGCAUAGCCCGGGACAAACUGAAAACAACCAGACUGCGAGGACCGCCCAGGAAGAAUCUCAUAUUCGGCUGGUCCCAGGAUCUACUCCAUGCAGAGGAUGCAGGGUCCAUGUAUGAAGCAUGGGCCACUGAGGCCCUCGCCCACUUCUACAGCAAGGAAACUUGGACAUACGUACCCACAGAGUUUGAUUUGCUCUUCAUCAGAAAGAAUUUUGGGAAGGCAAUAUUGUGCGCACAAGGCGAGGACCACAAAAGACAGCGCAGGUCCUUGUCACCAGCGAUCAGCCAUGUGGCUAUUCGUAAACUGCUUCCCGUGUUCUACAAUUCUGCGUACAAGGCCAAGGCUGCAUGGGAGACAUUAAUCGAUGCCAAUGAUAGUCACAGUGCCAUCAUUGAAGUUCAGAAUUGGCUCGAUACUAUUGGGAUCGCGGGUUUCUCCCAUGAUUUUGGUUCUCUGGAUGGAAAGACUACCCUUGUAGUGGAGGUGUUCGAUAGUUUUGCAGUGUUGGCCCCAAAUUUCCCAUUUCUCCCUCUCGUCCAAGCGUUCCUCCUGCUGCUAUACAUGCCAACCGCCAGAGGUGAUUUGUUCGGUGACAUGAACCAAACACUGGCGGACGUCUCGAGAAAAAUUCUGGAAAGGUCCCGGGAAGAGAAGGAAGCUGGAGUCAUUGAUGGGAAGGAUGACAAGUCUAUCAUUGGAGUGCUGAUAAAAGCCAAAGAUGCAGGUUCCGAUGUCCAAUUGUCCAUCGAAGAAAUCCUUGCACAAGCACUGCUCGAACUCGCUCGGAACCCCGAUAUACAAAUCAAGCUACGAACAGAACUAUUGGCUUUUGGUUCGGACCCGACGUAUGACCAACUUACCAACAGCCUUCCUUACCUGGAUGCUGUGGUACACGAAACACUUCGUCUCCACCCUUCUCUAGCGGAGUUCCUUCGUCAGGCGAGUUCAGCAGCAGAAGACGAUGUCAUCCCCCUCUCAGAGCCUGUUCGUACUAAAUCCGGCCGAGUCGUUAACAGUAUAUCCGUAACACGUGGCACUCAAAUUGGAAUAUCCACCGCCUGCAUCAAUCGUUCGACGGCUAUCUGGGGUGCGGAUGCGAAAGUUUUCCGACCAGAACGCUGGCUGGAAGAAGGGGGCAUACCGAAGAAGGCGCAAGAAUUGCAAAGUUAUCGUCAUUUGCUGAUUUUUGUGGAUGGACCAAGAACAUGCCUCGGUAAAGGCUUUGCGGUGGCUGAAUUCAAGACGGUCAUAGUCGUAUUGAUCAAGAGUUUUGUAUUCGAGAUGAGGGAUGGUCCUGGUACGCAGAUCGAGAUGGGGAUGGGAUUAUUGCCGAGGCCUAGGGUGGCUGGAGAGGACGGUACAAAGUUGCCAUUGCGUGUGAGCCGUUACGAAGGUUAA